AUGCACAUUCUUCUUUCUAGUGCUCUAGCCCUCGUUGGGAUGGCCCAGGCCACUACUGUUUGCACUGGAACAUUUAGCACAAUCUCAGCUGCCGAGUUUGUGUCUAACCUGCAUCCCGGUUGGAAUCUGGGAAAUACUCUUGAUGCUGUCCCCGAUGAGGGAUCUUGGAAUAAUAUGCCAGUUGUGGGGUCGACAUUUGAUACCGUAAAGGAUGCCGGCUUUAGGAGUGUCCGACUGCCAGUUACCUGGGCUUAUCAUUUCACCGGAGGCUCACCUGAUUGGACUGUUGACCCAGCAUGGUUACAGCGAGUCUCUGAUGUGGUUGAUAUGAUUGUGGCUCGUGGACUCUACCGCCAUCAUUCAUGGGUUUGGGCUGAUGUUACCCAGUCCGGAGCCAAUCUAACUAUGAAUGAAGAAAAAUUCUACAGUCUCUGGUAUCAAAUUGGAACGAAGUUGGCCUGCAAAUCCAACCUAGUUGCCUUUGAGCCUAUCAAUGAGCCUCCUUGCAAUACUGCGGUCAACGGUACCGAGGUCAACAAACUGAACAACAUCUUCCUCCAGGCUAUCAAUGAUUCUGGUGGGUUCAACUCGCAAAGAAUUGUUACUCUAGUCGGAGGUGGUGAGGAUAGCAUCAAGACUGCAGACUGGUUUGUAGCACCCUCUGGAUUUUCGAAUCCAUAUGCUAUUCAGUUCCACUACUACAGUCCCUACGACUUUAUAUUCAGCGCUUGGGGAAAGACCAUUUGGGGCUCUGACAGUGACAAAACUACUGUGCAGUCUGACUUCCAGCUGCUGCGCAACGCUUUCCCUGAUGUACCUCUCCUUUUGGGUGAAUACGAUGCUUCACCCACCAACACCGAACCCGCUGCCCGAUGGAAGUACGUUGACUUCUUGAUCAAGACUGCGGCCAGUCUCGAUAUCUCCUGCGUGCUGUGGGAUAACGGAUUGGACCACUUGGAUCGAACCGUUGGAGUCUGGCGUGACUCUAACUCACUCUCGAUCAUUACAAAAUCAACCGAGUCUACUGCCAAUAGUUUACCAGAUAGUACCGAGGACGCUUCUGCAACCACACAGUCAUCAUCAGCUUAUAUUUUCCAUCAGUAUGGAACAGUUGUGACAGCACAAACUCUUCCAUUUAUCUUCAACGGUAACACCCUCUCGUCAAUCAGUGACUCCACUGGCUCGACAUUGUCGUGCAAAUACAAUAUUCACAGCUUCGUACUUAUCCAAGCAUCUUUCAUCUACGACAACACCGGGUAUUAUUGCCACUCUAACUCUGAGAUUCUCGGGGGCGACUCGUCCCCUGUUGUCCAAAUUGUUCAAUGGAAAGCCCCAACUCUGUCGUCCACAUCGGCGGUGGCUUCGUCUGUCUCUGGCUCUGACCUAUCAAUUCCAAUCACUCGGGGCGGACUAUCAACCGUCGCUGCAGUAAAGGCCUUGACCAAGAGUGGAACAUACCUGGUCGAUGACUGGACGGUAUCACUGGGCCCUAUCCAGCAAGCGAGAGUUACCUACAGCAACCAGUAUAACUGGGAUGACUCCAAUGUAAUCCUCACUUCAUCUGCUAUUGGCUCUGUCAUCUCUGCUGGCCAAUCGACCGUGUUCACCUUCGAGUUUUUCCCACGGGAUAAUGGUGCUGUGAAUGCUGUCAACUUUACCUUGACUGUUUGA